AUUGAGCUUCCCAGUUAGUAACAGUUCGUUUGCGGACUUCGUUUCGUAAACAAAGAGAUAAUUUUUUUUUCAUAGCGACUGACUGACUUUCGUUACUUACAUAAACGUGUAUUGAAAAAAUGUUUCGAUUUGUCUUUUGGGCAAGUUUUUACCUCGCUUUCAUUAAUGCUGAUCUGAUUAGGAUUCCAGUACACCGGUUUCAAUCACCUAGAAAUAGAUUACUCGAUGUAGGAACUGAACUCACUCAAGUAAAACUUCGUUAUGGAGAUGAACCAAUACUAGAGCCACUUUCUAAUUAUUUAGAUGCUCAGUAUUAUGGAGUAAUUUCUAUUGGUUCACCUCCGCAAAAUUUCACUGUUGUUUUUGAUACAGGAUCUUCGAAUCUUUGGGUACCAUCUAAGAAAUGCCACAUAACAAAUAUUGCUUGCUUAUUGCACCAUAAGUAUAAUAGUAAACGCUCAAAUACUUAUAAAGCAAAUGGAACUGAAUUUGCUAUUCGUUAUGGUUCUGGCAGCUUAUCUGGAUUCUUGUCAAAUGAUGUUGUUACUAUUGCGGGUGUGGAAGUGAAAGAUACAACAUUUGCUGAAGCAUUAAGUGAACCUGGAUUGGCUUUUGUAGUAGCUAAAUUUGAUGGCAUUAUGGGAAUGGCAUAUGAUACAAUUUCAGUUGAUGGUGUGACUCCAGUUUUCUAUAAUAUGGUCAAACAAGGUUUAGUUCCUCAACCUGUUUUUAGUUUCUAUUUGAAUAGAGAUCCAACUUCAAAGAUUGGUGGAGAAAUGCUUUUAGGUGGUUCUGAUCCUGAACAUUACACUGGUGAAUUCACAUAUGUUCCUGUUAGCAAUAAGGGCUAUUGGCAAUUCAAAAUGGAUAAUAUCAACAUUGGUGGAAAAACAUUUUGCAAUAAUGGCUGUCAAGCUAUCGCUGACACUGGAACUUCCCUUAUUGCCGGACCUGUUCGCGAAGUUGCUGGAAUCAACAAGAAAAUUGGAGCCACUCCAAUUACAGCUGGUCAAGCAAUGAUCAGCUGCUCUGCUAUUCCCUAUUUACCUACGAUUGAUUUUAUGAUUGGUGAUAAAACAUUUAAUUUAACAGGAGACGACUACGUAUUAAAGGUUACUCAGUUCGGGCAAACCGUAUGCCUUAGUGGAUUUAUGGGCAUUGAUAUCGAUCCACCACGAGGUCCACUAUGGAUUUUAGGCGAUGUAUUUAUUGGCCGUUUUUACACUGAGUUCGAUAUGGGAAACAAUCGUAUUGGAUUUGCCAUCGCUAAAUAAAAAUUUUUGUGCAAAUCCAAUGAAGAAUUUGCGAUAUUAGAUGAACAAAUUAUUAUUUUUACAUUUUAAUGACUUAUUAAUUAUUAUUCAUAAAAUCAAUUAGAACUGUUGUAAGCAUAACGAAUGGAUGAAAUUCCGAUCAAAUGAGACAAAUGAACGUAAUUAAGUAAUAAAGAUUUUACAUUUAUAACUGAA